UCAGAGAUCCAUUCUGGGAUGGGGUGUCGUUGGGACCGUUUGCAAGUCUGCAAACCAGGAAAUCUUCUGCAAGAAGACAUAUGUCCAGGACGACUACCCUCACUUUGCCUACGCCAAUCGGGCAAAGGAAGUAUUCUCCCCAGAAAGAGUUCUCAACGUGCUGGAGAAGGAUUUCAUUGAAAUGAAUCAGAAGGGAAAGCCCUAUUCCAUCGACGAGAUGAAGUUCAUGAGCAUGUUGGAGAAAGGAGUCAGGAAGAGAGAGGAUGGACACUAUGAGAUGCCCCUACCUCUGAAGUCCAAGGAGAUGUCCCUUCCAUACAACAAGCCCCUCGCCAUCAAGAGAUGGAAUCAAUUGACUGCCAGAUUCAGGAAGAAUCAAAAGUUCCAGGAGGAUUACACCGAGUUCAUGAAGGGUGUGAUCGCUGAUCAUGCGGAAAGGGUGCCGACAGAUAGACUGAAUGCCCAAGAUAGGGUCAACUACAUCCCUCAUACAGGAGUCUACCAUCCUCGGAAGCCAGACAAGAUUCGAGUUGUCUUUGAUUGUUCAGCAGCAUACCAGGGAGUCUCUCUGAAUGAUCACCUCCUACAGGGCCCAAACUCGAUGAAUAGCCUAUUGGGUGUUCUCUGCAGGUUCCGCAAGGAAGAGGUGGCAUGUGCUGUUGAUGUAAAGAGCAUGUUCCACCAGUUCUUCGUGUCUCCAGAGGACAGAGAUUUGCUGCGCUUUCUCUGGUGGGAAGACGGUAAACCCGGAAAACAGCAAGUUCACCCGGUGCAGCCACCUUCGGCCUACGAAAGGCAGCAGAGGAUGGAAGAUGAGUUUGGAGCUGACGCUGCUGAAUUCAUCAGGAAGGACUUCUAUGUGGAUGAUGGUUUGACUUCUGUACCUUCCACACAAAUAGCGGUGAAACUUCUGAAGGACAGCCAAGGGAUCUGUGCCAAGGCAGGUCUUAAGCUGCACAAGGUCAUCUCCAAUGACAUUGACGUUCUGAAGAGCUUUCCAAAAGAGGACAGGUCAAAGGAGGUCCAGCAGUUAGAUCUCGACAAGGAUUCACUGUCUCUGGAGAGAGUUCUGGGAGUCGUCUGGCGGAUCCAAAAUGAUGUCUUCAACUUCAUUGUGGAGAUAAAGGAAAGACCCUUCACCAGAAGAGGAGUCUUGUCCACGGUCAGCUCUUUCUACGAUCCAUGUGGUUUCAUCAGUCCUGUGAUGCUGCCUGGGAAGCGAAUCCUGCAGGAGAUGUGUCGCAGUAAUGCCGACUGGGACACUCCAAUGCCAGAAGCACUACGAGCACGCUGGGAGAAUUGGUUGGAGGAUGUACGUAAUCUGGAAGGACUACAGAUUCCAAGAUGUCUCAAACCGAAUGGGUUUGGGAAAAUCAAGCAGGUGGAGCUCCACCACUUCUCAGACGCGAGUGAAGAUGGCUACGGUCAGUGUACGUACGUCAGAUUCAUCAAUGAAGACGACAAUGUUCACUGUGCAUUGGUGAUUGGGAAAUCUCGAGUUACGCCACUGAGGCAGAUCACGAUUCCAAGGUUAGAACUGGCUGCAGCAACCACAUCUGCCAGGAUGAGCUCUUUCGUGAAAGAAGAGCUGAAGUAUCAUGACGCUAAGGACUUCUUCUGGACAGAUAACCCCAAGGACUGGUUCUAUGUUGAUACCAGAGACAACCCAGCCGACGAAGCCUCAAGAGGAAUGUCAGCAAAGCAGCUGACACAUGACAGUCGCUGGCUCAGAGGACCAGAGUUUCUUUGGAGAAACCCUACUCAUCAAGCUGAGCAAACAGAUGCCUACCAGCUUAUGGAAGGUGAUCCUGAAGUGAGGAGAGCCAAUGUUAUGUCAACGCAGGCAACUGCAGCAAACACGAAGUAUCCUGAUCAGUUCAAGUCGAGCCGGCUUGAACCUUUCUCAAGCUGGUAUCGUGCUAAGAAGGCAAUCGCACGCUGUUUUGCAACUCAAGGACCGACUUCGAAGAAAGGAAGUCAAGCGAUCUUCAUCAUCAAGCCAAGGAAAUGA